AUGCCGACUGAUAUGACCAACAACUUAAGACAAACAUCAAGGACAAACACCAAGGACAAACAUCAAGGACAAACAUCAAGGACAAACACCAAGGACAAAUACCAAGGACACACACCAAGGACAAACACCAAGGACACACACCAAGGACACACACCAAGGACAAACAUCAAGGACAAACACCAAGGACAAACAUCAAGGACACACACCAAGGACAAACAUCAAGGACAAACACCAAGGACAAACAUCAAGGACAAACACCAAGGACAAACAUCAAGGACAAACACCAAGGACAAACAUCAAGGACAAACAUCAAGGACAAACACCAAGGACAAACAUCAAGGACAAACACCAAGGACAAACAUCAAGGACAAACAUCAAGGACACACACCAAGGACAAACAUCAAGGACAAACAUCAAGGACAAACACCAAGGACAAACAUCAAGGACAAACAACAAGGACAAACACCAAGGACAAACAUCAAGGACAAAACACUAAGGACAAAACAUCAAGGACAAAACACCAAGGACAAACAUCAAGGACAAACAUCAAGGACAAAACACACUAAGGACAAACAUCAAGGACAAAACAUCACGACACACACACCAAGGACAAACAUCAAGGACACACACCAAGGACAAACAUCAAGGACAAACAUCAAGGACACACACCAAGGACAAAAACAUCAAGGACACACAAUACCAAGGACAAACAUCAAGGACACACACCAAGGACAAACAUCAAGGACAAACACCAAGGACAAACAUCAAGGACAAACACCAAGGACAAACAUCAAGGACAAACAUCAAGGACAAACACCAAGGACAAACAUCAAGGACACACACCAAGGACAAACAUCAAGGACAAACACCAAGGACACACACCAAGGACAAACAUCAAGGACAAACACCAAGGACAAACAUCAAGGACAAACAUCAAGGACUGUUCCCGUGUUACAAAGGUGUAACUGA